UCAUAAUUCGAAAGUAAAUUUUUAGGUACACGUACGUUAAAAGCUAAAUACGGAGUAGUUUAGUUAGUAAAGUUUGUUCGUUUCCCACACCAAUUUGGUUGAUCUCAUGCUCAACAAUUCAAAAUAGGAGUUUCAUACGAAGUGUCUUACAAUCUUACCAUCUAACAACAACAGCCGAAUAAAAAAAAAAGGAUGAUAAGGGAGAUUUAGAAGGGGAAGGAAUAGAAAAGAAAAAGAAAAAAGAAAGAGCUGUCCAAUUUGUCAGUCUGGAAUAAAGAAGAAAGUAAACUAAUUGUUGUUGCAAUGAUUUAAUCCAAAAAUCCCAACGUUCCCAUUUUCAAAAACCAAAUUGUAAUGGAGCCAAAUUUCCUUUCUAUAACAUCACUUUUCCGUGUCACUUUUACUCCCAUCUAACCCCUUAUUCUUCACUUGUUCUACCUUUACUAUCACCCAUUUGAUCAUAGUCACAAAACACACAUAGCUCCCUCUUUCCAUUACAGAGCAGAAGAGGGAUCAAGCGUUCGAGCAAGCGAGCUCGAGAGAGUUGACAAGGGUAAUGGGGUGGACCUUAUUUGCAUGUUUUGGUGGUACAAAUAAGAGAAAGCGGCCUAAGUCAGCCUCUAAAUUUGGCUCCAAAACCAGAAGAAGAAUUCGAGGAUAUGAACCAUUGCAGUCGGAUAAUUCUAAAGAGCUGGAUGCAUCACAAACCCUCAGCAGCACAAGGGAGAAGCCAAAAGAUGAGACAAAGACAAGGAUCAGAAAGAAAGUGAGGUUUAAUUUGGAGGUGGUAACUUAUGAACCACUGAUCUCACAGGAGGAUGAACAUGAUAAUAACAGUUGGGAAGAAAGAGGCGACGAAGAAAGUGAUCAAGCAGCAGCAGCAGUAGAAGCCUGUCUAGUCUAUGCACCUCUCAGUAAAACUAUUUCAACAUCAAACUAUAGAUACAACUGUUGUUAUGAUGGUGAAGAUGAAUAUGACGAGGUUGAGGAGGAUGAUGAUGAUUAUGGUCAGCUAAGUGAUGAUGAAGAUGAUGAUGACGACAUUGAUAAUGAUUAUGAAGAUGAUGAUAGUUGCACGAUUGACCCACAGAGCAGAUACAAUGAGAAAGUAACUGAUGAACUUCGCGAUUGCUCUUCUGUGCCUCUUAUCAGUUCUGCAACAAACGCUCGACUAAGGAGCCAUUACAUUAUACCAGUGCUGAACCCAAUAGAGAACCUUUCUCAGUGGAAGACGAUCAAAACAAGGAAAUGCUAGUUUUGAGUGUGAGUGUUUGCAUGAUUUCAUUUUCCUAUUUCACAAAAUGAUUAUUUUGUUUGUGUGUUUGUGUAUUGGCCAACUUUUACUGAUCAACAUACAGCCAGUAUUCCCCUCCUGUAAUCAACAGAUCAUUUUCCGCCUGAAAGAAUAAUGUUUUGGGUGUAAAACAAUUCCAAAGCUUUACCGAUACCAGUAUAGUACACGAAAACAGCACUACGUAGUCAGAUGAUGGGCAACAUCAUUCCCAUCACUCUCAUCCAUGAGACCAGAACAGCUAACCAAUGCUGACAAGAAUCAGAGUAUCUGACUUAAGGAUUACAUUUUCUAUAUAAUAGCCCAGGGAAUGCUCUCGGCUAUAAAAACAUCUUUACACACUGCAACAAGAGAAGAGCACCGAGUCUCAUGCUACAGAAUUACCAAGAAUCAUCUCGAAUGAUUAUGUUUACUUAAGAUGAUCUUAUGUUCAAAAUAAUUUUUAGCAGAAUUAUCUAUAAACAGAGAUGUUACAGAGGAAAUGUCAGGCAAAUCUAAUAAUGUAACAGCAAAAUCUGGAACGGGAAAUAAAAUUCUGAGCUUUAACAAUAAUCACAAGAAAAAAGCAGAGUGAAAACUUUGAGAUCCAUUAAGUUGUUAGUGUCAUUCUACAACCAGAACAAAAGAUUUAUAUAUUGGAAUUUGUUUCAGAGUAACAGAAGUACAAAGUAUUUUCACUGACAAACCAAAGAAAAAAAAAAAAA